CACCCUCACACUCAGUCAUGCCCGUCGAUCAAGUCAAUGCUUCUUCCUGUUUCUUUGCGAGUUCCCUCUCUGUUUUGUCUCGUUUGGCUAAAUUAGGCAUAGUGGGAGCUCCUGGAGAGAGUGUACUGACGGAAGGCUGAGCAGAACAACAUAGCUGCUAGAGAGGAAGGGCUCUUUCUUUGGAAACCUUUACAGGACUUUUUGAGUGGGUGAGUUUUGACGGUGCCCAUGAGAUUAGCCCCCAGGGGGGUUGUUGAGUAGGGGGUAAGGGGGGAAGGGAGGAGGUGAGUGUGUGCCUGGGAGGUGGAGAGAGGAGUGUAGGAAACACUGGGGCGCUGAAUUUAAUAUUCCUUCCGCUGGACUGGAGCAACCCAAAACAGACAGAUAGAGACUCUUCCUGAUGGAUCUGAGGGGGAAACCCUACCUAGAAUUCCCAAAGACUGUUAAAGAGUAAACGUCACACACAUCCUGACCAAAGGAAAGGAGAAGGGCCUGGAGGAGCAUGGAAGCACUGAGGGAGUCUUUUCUGCAUCUGACCUUUCAGAUGUCCACGUACAAGAGGGCCACUCUGGACGAGGAUGACCUGGUGGACUCCACCGGAGAUGAGAUCUACCCCUCCUCUGCCAUGCAGGUAGGCACAACUGUUCCUUUGUAUAAAAAUUAGCGACAAACUCUGACACAUGCCAAGCCUGUCUAGAGACGCACUCAUUCUGCUGCUUCUAUUAUGUUAUGAUCUGCUUGCAUUGUAUGACAUUCCAUUCCAAAGAAAUUCAUAACCAUUGAGCUAAUCAAAUUCCAGAUGUUCUAUUGUCUUUGUGAGGACUAUGAGCGCAACAUGCUAUUUCUUGACAGCCUGCUAUUCUCUGUCAGCCAUGUGCUACGUUUAACAUUAAGGGCUACUUGAAGAGAAAGACUUCAGUCUCAGGAGGAACCCUAUUAUAAAACAAACUACCCUUUACAGAGGCCCAUACAGUAUCUGCAUUUCUGGGUGCUUCAAAAAGCCUGGAUAAUCAGUUGCAGAGCCCAGCAGAAUACAACAGUCUUAUAACUCUGAAAUAACCCCUGUGCAGGAUCCUUCUUUCUCCCCUGCACUAAGUAGUCACCAAUAAUCACUUAUUUUGAGCAGAGAUAUAUCCACUAUCCACAACUGAUUAAGUAGGAGAAUGCAGAACAACAUACUGCACAUACUGUGGACUGUUGUUUUUUGGAUUAUCAUAGAAACAAACGUAUCCGUAGAUAGAGAAAGGUAUAAUGAAGACACUGUUGCCAAAUUUUUAAGAGGCUACAACAACAGUAGCUAUGUAACUGAAACCAAAACAGGUUAUACAAUGGACCUGCUCUGUCUGAGUCAGUGGCUUCACACAUGUCUGCCUACAAGUCUUCUCAGUUGCACACAUCAAUACAGAUUACAAAUUCAAACCCACCCAAACCUGUCUGGAGGAUUGGGAAGCCUGUGGCGGCUUUGGCACCAGGGCUGCUCACAUUCAGUGUGACAUUUGAACUUUGCCUUAGUUAAUGGGACUAAAUCUAAUUAUUUAACAGGUCUGGGAUAAUUGGUUUUCACCGGGUGUGUAAAGCUCAGUGAGGGGAAGCCACACUAAUUCCUAUAGUAAUUGAGCAGAUCUAAAACUCAAUUGAGCUUUCAGUAAAAGCAGUCAGGCUGAAAUUUUAAAAAACAUGACCAUGUCCUAGUUCAUUCAUUGUGGUUAGUGCUAUGCUUUCUCCUUAUCUGGGGCAGAGGCACAAUGAUUUUUAAUCAUGCCCGCUGAAAAACUAUAAAAGAAUGAACAAAAUAUGAAUACAUGACCUUUAUAUAGAGGGGUGUUGAAAGGCAUUAUGGUGUGGAAGCCAUUAUGUAUUGUAAUAUACCAUGUGAGUCAUUUCAACCAUAACCAAUACAUUUUAGUCACACAGUAUUAGCACUACUGCCUCUGUGGUGUUCAGUGUAUCAUCUCUGACCAGAAAAAAGAUACCAUUCAUCAUAGGAUCAUAGAACAUAGAGUGGUUUGUUUGCCUGAGUACUGUGGUUAAGGGUUGUAUACCAAUCAUUGUAACCAUUACACACAGUAACCAGUGUAUGUGUGUCUGUGGAUAUGACAAUGUGGUGCCAUGUGCUCAUUGCUGUGUGUGUGUGUGUGUGUGUGUGUGUGUGUGUGUGUGUGUGUGUGUGUGUGUGUGUGUAUUUCUGUACAGGUGACACUGCGACAUGGCCCUGGUCCCAGGUGUUGGGCUGAGAAGACACACACUGAGCGGAGGCUGUUGGUCCUAGUGUGUGCACUGUCUGUUGCCUUGUUCUUCUCUCUCAUCACUGUCGGGAUCUUCUACAAAGAGAGUGAGUGACUGAGAUUGUUAAAUCUGAUUUGGCAAAAUAAUCCUGAGAAGAAUUGACUAAACAACCUAGGGUUUCAAUUUUAUGUUUAUAUACAGUGGCUUGCGAAAGUAUUCACCCCCCCUUGGCAUUUUUCCUAUUUUGUUGCCUUACAACCUGGAAUCAAAAUUUUAAAACAAAUUUGGGGGGGGGGGGUGUAUCAUUUGAUUUACACAAAAUGCCUACCACUUCCAAGAUGCAAAAUAUUUUUUAUUGUAAAACAAACAAGAAAUAAGACCAAAAAAACGGAAAACUUGAGCAUGCAUAACUAUUCACCCCCACAAAGUCAAUACUUUGUAGAGCUACCUUUUGCAGCAAUUACAGCUGCAAGUCUUUUGGGGUAUGUCUCUAUAAGCUUGGCACAUCUAGCCACUGGGAUUUGUGCCCAUUCUUCAAGGAAAAACUGCUCCAGCUCCUUCAAGUUGGAUGAGUUCCGCUGGUGUACAGCAAUCUUUAAGUCAUACCACAGAUUAUCAAUUGGAUUGAGGUCUGGGCUUUGACUAGGCCAUUCCAAUACAUUUAAAUGUUUCCCCUUAAACCACUCAAGUGUUGCUUUAGCAGUAUGCUUAAGGUCAUUGUCCUGCUGGAAGGUGAACCUCCGUCCCAGUCUCAAAUCUCUGGAAGACUGAAACAGGUUUCCCUCAAGAAUUUCCCUGUAUUUAGCGCCAUCCAUCAGUCCUUCAAUUCUGACCAGAUGGUGUUCUCGGGGUGAUGAGAGGUGUUGGGUUUGCGCCAGACAUAGCAUUUUCCUUGAUGGCCAAAAAGCUCAAUUUUAGUCUAAUCUGACCAGAGUACCUUCUUCCAUAUGUUUGGGGAGUCUCCCACAUGCCUUUUGGCAAACACCAAACAGUGUUAGCUUAUUUUAUUCUUUAAGCAAUGGCUUUUUUCUGGCCACUCUUCCGUAAAGCCCAGCUCUGUGGAGUGACUCUGGGGCCUUUCAGAACAGGUGUAUAUAUACUGAGAUCAUGUGACACUUAGAUUGCACACAGGUGGACUUUAUUUAACUAAUUAUGUGACUUCUGAAGGUAAUUGGUUGCACCAGAUCUUAUUUAGGGGCUUCAUAGCAAAGGGGGUGAAUACAAUGCACGCACCACUUUUACGUUAUUUUUAUUUUUUAGCAUUUUUUUAAACUAGUUAUUUUUUUCAUUUCACUUCACCAGUUUUGACUAUUUUGGGUAUGUCCAUUACAUUAAAUCCAAAUAAAAAUCUAUUUAAAUUACAGGUUGUAAUGCAACAAAAUAGGAAAAACGCCAAGGGGGAUGAAUACUUUUGCAAGGCACUGUAAUCUGAUCAAAUGUUCCUGGGUACAAAUCUUUACUGUACCUUAUGUAUUUUCUCAGCUCAGUAUUAGUUUCCUUGUAUUUUGAGAAGGGAAGCAAAUGCCACAUCCUCCUAUUCAACCACCUAUCAGCCCACACAUGACAAAUCACUGCCGUCUGUUAUGAGAACCAACACAAGAAUGUGCUUUUACGAGACCAUUCACUUUUCCACUCCUUUUAUUCAGCUCCUGUUAUUCAUGAACCAAAGUCCAAUUAGUGCAUUCUCAUUCUGUCUCAUGUCUAUGUUGAUCAUUGAUAAAAAAAAAUUACAACUUAUUGUCCUAAAAACAACGUAGACUUAUGUACAACAUAGCCUCAAACAUAGACAUGAGAAAGAAUGAGAAUGCACUAACUGGACUUUGGGUCAUGAAUUAUUAUCCCUCUAAAAAUAUAAACAUGUUUUCCACAUCUUCUCCCAAAAUAACAGAAAGGGAGUAGCCAAAUGCCCCUGGGCUGUAAAUCAGCUUUUGCAUCUAGGACCGUAAAAAUUCCAGAGCACUUUCUAAUAAAAUACUGUAUUAUCCAUCUCCUUAUUCAGUCCAAUGAAAGAGAAAGAAUACUCUGUGAACAUCCGUUUACACUUCAGCUUUCACAGGCAGUUAAAUGUAUGACAAUCACGUCAAAGCCAACGAAUGCCCAUCUUAGAACCAAUGGCAGCAUCGGACAAUGGCCUGCUGAGAAUAUUCCACAACCGUGAUGCGGCAUUGUCCAUGAGACAGGGAACCCAGAGAGAGGGGCCUGGCUGGGUGAUUGAUACCCUGCACCUGUGGAGAACAUUCAGGUGUGACAGGUGCAGGCCAGGGGCAAGAGCAGUGCAUCAGGACCAGCUGUUGGAACGGUGGGACAAUGACUGACAGUGACCUCGUCUGUGGCACAACCUCUCGAUGGGAAGCCCUUCUCUCCUCUAUGGAAGCUCCAUCCAUCUAUUUUUCACUGUUUAUUUCUGUAGGAGUUUAAAGAAGGAAAAGCUAUUUUGUGUUUAUGUUUUUGCAGUUACCUGUUGUAAACAAUGAUUUCCAGAUGGUCUGAAGACAUCCAUGUCAUGACAUAUUUUGGAUUAUUUAUUGAAGGGCCUUGAAAUGUACUAGCUGUUUAAACAAAGAGAUAGUGUUGUCCAAAUGUUGAGGCUGAAGAAGCACAGUGUCUGUAAGAGGUAUCUGAUACAGUAUGUUUAGUUGUCUUGUCCCACUCCCUGUUGGCAGCUCACCCUGGUGUGUGUCUGACGGAGCCAUGCAUUACUGUGGCCAGUGCUGUGAUGGGAGCCCUGGACCGCUCGGUGGACCCCUGCCAUGACUUCUACAACUUUGCCUGUGGGGGAUGGGUGAGGAACAACCCCCUCCCUGAGGGAAAGUCCCGCUGGGGUCCCUUCAGCAACCUAUGGGAGCGCAACAUGGCUGUCAUGAAGCACCUGCUGGGUAAGGUUUCUCCUCAGGGGGUGGGGUGUCCUUAGCUGCCCCUCUCACCCUUAACAACCUAGAGAAAUACAAACAAACAGUUAGCUAGUUCUUAUUGCCCCACUGUUCUCUCUACAUGUUUGUUAUCCCAUUGUAAUGUAAGAUACGUUUGUAGAAGACUUAACUGUGAAACGUGUUGUGUUUGGCAGAGAACACUACCAUGAAGGGGCUGAGCAAGGCUGAGGAGAAGGCCCAGAGGUAUUACAAGGCCUGUAUGAAUGAGUCUAAGAUCGAGGAGUUAGGGGCUCAGCCUCUACAGGAGCUCAUCAAUCAGGUGAGUUCACUCCUCAAGAGGCAUCCUCAUCCAGUCUUCUGCCAUAGCCCUGUGUAGAUAUAAGCUAUGUUUAUGAUGUGCUAAUAGAUGUGUAAAAUAUUCUUUAUGGUAUAAUGUUAAUGUAAAUAGUUACCCUAAAUGUAUCCAUUGCCCUGAUAUAAAGGAUCACCACCUCUCAGGUUUUAAGUGAGCCUCUCUCUGAAGGAGAUCAUACAUGUUCUCUUUCAGACGGGAGGAUGGGCCCUAACCGGCUCCUGGGACAAAAACAAUUUCCAGGAGGUUCUACGCACAGUGUCGGCCAACUACCGCUGCUCCCCAUUCUUCACUGUGUUUGUCAGUACUGACUCCAAAAGCUCCAACAGCAAUAUUAUCCAGGUGAGAGAAGAGCCAGUGGCCCCAGUGGCUCCAAGGCUCAGUGGCUGUAGGCCCAGGUACUCCCACAGGCCUCCUCCUCACUCCUUUAGCUUUUGAUUUACAUUCCUAUUUACAUUUGUCAGAAUAAUCAUCAAACAUCACUUAUCCCCAGAUCUGCUCAGAGAGGAUUUACAUGUACAUUUAAAUGCUAUUUUUUGUUUGUUUUUUAUGUGCAGCGGGACGUUAGAAAUUCAAGGUUAAUCGAGCUGCAGUAUACUGUAGAGUAGAUCCUGCAAUACUAUACUAUCAAAGAAACAGGCUCACUUUGCUCAGAGUGCUGAAAUGUUUAAAUGGAGUGUGAGAUGGUAGUCAUGAACUGUUCCGCUUACCUACAGGUGGAUCAAUCCGGGCUGGGGCUCCCCUCACGGGAUUACUACCUUAACAAAACGGCCAAUGCAAAGGUACUGACAGGCGGCCGCACUAUGGCACUAUGGUGAAUGGGCUUAAAGAUUGUAGCAUGAUGAAAGGCAGGGUAAAGGAGGACAUAAAAUAGAUCAGUGCCUUGAUGCAGAGGCCUGAUUAAAUUAGGAAAUUAACUUUAUAAAUUGGCACACUAUACUGAGAAACUUAUCUCGCUAGAUAUGUGUUUCAUUAGGAAUAGAACAUUUCCAAAGGGGCAGUACAAACCCUACAGUACCCCACUUGGACAGAACAUGUAUAAAUAAUAUAGAAAGAAUGUAUAGCUCAAGGCAUAACUUUGUGCUUGUAAUAGUCAGUAUUUUCCUAGUGCUGGAUUGUGUUUUUAAAUGAAUUUAACCAACAUCUCUCCCUCUGUACUGCCUACAUGGUCUUGGCAGUAUCUGAAUGCAUACCUAGACUUCCUGGUGGAGUUAGGGGUCCUGUUGGGGGGCUCAGAGGAGACGUCCAGAUCGCUGAUGCAGGAGAUUGUGGACUUUGAGACCACCCUGGCCAACAUCACCGUACCCCAGGAGGAGAGGAGGGACGAGGAGCUCAUCUACCAUAAGAUCCAGGCAAAGGAUCUGGCGGUCAGUACCCACCCAACUUGUCUCUCUGCUGCUUCAGCUGAUCCAAGCAUCAUGUCAACACCAGAUAUCCACCUGCAGUAUCACUAGAUACAAACCUACAGUAGAUUGCAUUUUGGUUUAACAGUGCAAGGUCUUUCUUCCUGCUUUCUAUUCAUACCUGCUGAUUAAAAAAAGCAAAGAAACCAAAGAUCGGAUAGGACAGGUGCACCAAUAGAUAUAUUGACAGUAUCAUUGUUUCUGUGUGUUUCUGUAGACCUUGGCUCCUGCGGUGGACUGGAUGCCCUACCUCACAGAUGUGUUUGCUCCUGUACCCCUCAAUGACUCGGAGCCUGUGGUGGUGUACGCCAAGGACUACCUCCAGAAGGUCUCCGACCUCAUUGCCAGCACUAACAAGAGGUUAGAACCACUUUCUAGCCCUGCCUUCCACUCAUUAUUCAUAUUUGAAUGAUGAUGGACAGCACUAUGUAAUUAAGGUAACCAUUGGGAUAAUAUGGUUUAUGUAAGAUUUCAUAUCGGUCCAGCAGUGAAAUUAUAUGAGCAGCACAGGGGACAUUAUAAAACGUUAUGCAAAGUACAUAUAGAAUAUAACCUUUUGCUUCCUUUCCUGAAAUGUUAAUGUGAUUAAUGAUAUAAUGAAUUAAUCUACUCCUACCUGUGCAGCGUCCUGAACAACUACAUGAUCAUGAAGGUGCUGAGGAAGAUGGUGUCCAUCCUGGACCAGAAGUUCCAGGAUGCUGAGCAGCGCUUCUUUGAAGUCAUGUACGGAACCAAGAAGGUGAGAGAGAGAUGGAGAUAAUGUCAGUGCUGCAAGCUGGCAGGGAAAUGGGCAACAUACCUAUCAGAUAAGAGUACUCAAGGGGACCGGCUUUUCCUGCUGCUUCAGUCAACAGAGUUAAGCUAUAUUUGCUUACAGCACAGAUAAAAAUAAAUGAGUGGCUGAAACUAUGUGGCUAUAAAGUACACUGUAAACGGUAAUUGGCAUAGAUAAAACGUAAGAAGAUGUGCACUUGACAGUGGCGAACUCAAUUAAACAAGGAGCUGAUAAGAAAAUACUUAAGUAGCUGAGUCACUGUCAUCACUAGACACACAUUCAAUUGACCAGACAGCUUUUUCCCUUGGCUGUCUGCUGCUAACAGCUAUCUGCUGUGUUGUGUUGUGCUGUGGGGGUUCCAGCUAUCCAAACCCUUAUAUGAGCUAGAUCCUGUUCCCCUGGCCUUGCUUUCCAUUGGGGUCACACUGUCAAAUCAUACCAAGUGCUUUCUCGUCCUGUGUGUGCGUGUUUGUGCACAUGUGUGCACAAUUCAUCCACACUACACGUUUAGCACCCCUCCCUUUUUACCUCUGUCACUCACUCCGUCAUUGUUUCCCUUGUAUCUACUCCUAUCUGUCUCUCUUGUUCUCUCGCUCACCCAUUUCCACUCUGUUGGCCUCUUCCUUUCCCCCUCCCCCUGUCUGCAUAGUCUCAGUUUGGAUUCUAAUAUCCCCAGUAGGAGAGGGGAAGUUGGGGGGCGAGAGGAGUGUCAUGUUGUUGCCAAUCUCUGAGAGUCUCACAAAAACGACAGUCAGCCCUUUUAGAGGGGAAUGUGCUGUCUCCCUACACUCUCUGAUAAAGGCCUGGCUUCGCCUUGAGGUAAAGGAUUCCAAGGACAUAUGCAAAACCAACACUACUACUUGAUGCUUGAGGGGCAUUAUAAAACCUAAUACAAUUACAGACUGGGUUGAUACUGUAUUAGGAUCAUGCAGGGUUUUCAAGUAUUUGUAUAGACUUGGUAUAGUCUGAGAGACAGUGCUAUCUUGUGUGUUUAGGUAAUGUCAGUGUUUUUGUGUGUAGGUGGUGUCAUUGUUCCUGUGUGUGGGUGGUGUGGUGUCAUAUUUCUCAUGUGUUCAGUGUGAUGUUUCAGAGCUGCGCCCCACGUUGGAAGCUGUGCGUCAGCGACACGGACAGUGCCCUCGGCUUUGCUCUCGGGGCCCUGUUUGUCAAAGCCACCUUCGACGAGGACAGCAAGGCCAUUGUAAGUGUUUCAAGGUAUCACCCACCCACACACUACCUCCACUGUGAGCUGCCACUGGGUGAGAUUCUGACAAGCCUUUCCUUUUCCCUGUCCGUCUGUCAGGCAGAAGAUAUGGUCUCUGAGAUCAAAUGGGCAUUUGAGGACAGCCUGAAGUAUGUGGGCUGGAUGGACCAGGAGACCAAAAAGGCAGCCAAAGAGAAGGUGGGAGAGCCGGGUUGCUUUGAAUAACUUGCAGAAAGAUGUUUUCCACUGUUAGGGUGAGGGAAUUGUCAUUACACUGACUGCAAACUAUGGAAAAGUGUAUUGCCUUGUAACUAACAUGGUAUGGUAUGCUGUGUCUGUUACAGCUAUAGCAUUUCAAUUGUAUUCAAUAAGAGAUUGGCCAAGGACAAGUGUACUUACUAUGACUGCGAUAUGUGGGUGUCUCACCUAGCUAUCUUAAGAUGGAUGCACUAACUGUAAGUUGCUCUGGAUAAGAGUGUCUGCUAAAUGACUCAAAUGUAAAUGUAAUAGUCCUUAUUGCUAUAAUUGUCAUGUUUAGCGUAAGGCUCGUGAAGCUAACUCUGCAGUGCCAUCUGGUGUUAGCAUCUGUCUCAAUUCACCUCACCUGCUCUGUUAUAGGCUGAUGCCAUUUACAACAUGGUAGGAUAUCCUAAAUUCAUCAUGGACCCCAAGGAGCUUGACAAAGUGUUCAAUGAUGUAGGUAAAUAUGUAAUUAAAAUAAAUAUGCAUACUUCUGUUUUAUGAAGUUGUCCAUGUCUCAUCAUAUGUUGAUAAAAAUACUCAACUCUUUGAUGUUGUCUGACUGUAAGACACCCUGGUUCUGAGGAGGGUUGCCAGUAUUACAGUAUCUCCUGUUUGCAUUGCUUGUGUGUAAAUCUCGUUCUCUCUCUAACCUGAUUCCUCUCUCUCUCUCUCUCUCUCAGUUUGAGGUGGUGUCUGACCUGUAUUUCCAAAAUGUAAUGCAGUACUACAACUUCUCUGCCAGAGUGACUGCGGACCAGCUGAGGAAAACCCCCAACAGAGACCAGUGAGUGUCUAUAACCCGGCACCCACCUCCCUGUUGCUCGCCUCUCCAGAGAGGAGGUCAAAUGCUCUGACAGGGACAAAUUCCCAUUCUGACUCUGUGGAAUACUGCUGGCAUCCAGAAACGUUCCCCGGGCAACCAAUAUCCCUCAGCUGAACUGAUCCUUUUCUCUCACUACAUAGUCAAGUAGCUCAGGGUUCUCAUUCUUUCACACUGAUCUGUAGUCAACAGCCUAGCUAAGGGCAUAGGGGAAAGUCAACGACUGGUUUUUACCACCCUGAUCUCAGACUUUUGUGCUCAGUUGGUGUCAUAUCCUAUGUCUUGCAUACACAGGUGGAGCAUGACCCCUCCUACAGUGAAUGCAUACUACAAUCCCACCAAGAAUGAGAUGGUGCUCCCAGCAGGAAUCCUUCAAGCUCCUUUCUACAGCCGCUCUUGGCCAAAGUAGGUCCCUCUUCCCUUUUCAGCCUAUACAGUUCCCUAAUACCUCCCCAUCUCAGGCACAAAUACAGGUACACCACAUGUGUGCGCCGUGCUUGCGUGAAUUGUAUACAGUAUGUGUGUCUCCUGGAGUGUCUUCACAUAGCCCAGAAUGUAAUUGCUAGUUAUAAAAUGUUUUUAUUUUUCUUGAAAGGAUUUUGAAUCUAUUUCCAGGGCCCUGAACUUUGGGGGAAUUGGUGUAGUUAUGGGUCAUGAGUUGACACACGCUUUUGAUGAUCAAGGUAAGACCUUUAAUUUUCAUAUAAGUUGUAGUGUCUUAACUCUUAUUACUUCAUAUGGGAACUAAGAAGUUUUGCUACAAACUAAAAUACAAUUUUUACAUGGCAGGGGAGACACUUUGAUCACAGGGCGAGCUGACCCCUGCGAAUUCACCAGAAUAUCGACUGCAUAAUCUUUUGGGGACUGUGUCCGCCCUCUCCCCUAAAAAAAAGAACCAAAACAAUAUUAUAGGCUGUUGUAAGCAUCCCACCAAUCGAACGUAACAUGACACAUUAUGAUUUCAAAUAAGGCCUCCAGUUCUACAGCGUAUUUUGCUUUAUGUUAAAGGGAGGGAGUACGACAAGGAUGGGAACCUCCGCUCCUGGUGGAAAAACUCAUCUGUGGAGGCCUUUAAGAAGCAGACCCAGUGUAUGGUGGAGCAGUACAGUAACUACAGCAUCAACAAGGAACCCCUCAAUGGAAAACACACCCUGGGAGAGAACAUAGCUGACAAUGGUGGACUGAAGGCUGCCUACAAGGUUUGUAUGAUUGGGAGGUGUUGUUAGGGUGGGCUAUGGGAAAGUAGACUUGACGAUAUGAAGAGCAAGAGCAAUUCAACUUACACACACAUACUGUAAAUGUGCAGACGUUUCAGAAUCAUCAAUGUGAGAUGCAGUAUUUGGAAGGUCAGAACUAUGACACACAUUACAUGUUUUCUUGUUCACAUGAUUGGGUCAUUGUGGGUCAUGUCUUUACUCUGUGGUGGAAAAACCGGGCUUGCCUACAUCACUGCAAAGCCUGGAAACGCAACAGGUGGCUUGGAGAGGCUUGGUCAGCUUCUGAGCGAGCUCUCACACUCAAACAUUCUUUCCAUCAAAUUAAAGUCAUAGGUUAUGGAGCAGAUGAGCCAACCAUAUAGCAGAAAGGGGGACCUGCAUGAGCGCUGUCUGUUAGUGAGGACUGAGGAGGAAACAAAGCUGAGGGCGAGCAGGAAGAGUCUUCUGUUUUUUUCUCAUACUGUUCUCUAUGGCGAGAGGAGGAUAAUGCAUGCUGCCUGUAAUAUGACCCUUGUCUGCUUUGAAGGCUUAUAUGAACUGGAUUGCAAAGAAUGGAGAGGAGGCCACCCUGCCUGUCCUGGGGAUGACUAAUCAUCAGUUAUUUUUUGUUGGAUUUGCCCAGGUUUGUGCCACUUAAAGUAUAUCCAUGUCUGUGGCAAAUUUAGUAAUGCGUUCUCUAGCAUGCCUACCAUCAACAUUGUUAUAUAUUAAUUAUAAUGACCUAUUACAUUGAUAAUGUAAAUGUAGGACUUUUCACUCUGAAAUCCUUAAUAUGUGUGUCUGUGCUUCCUGCUAUAUGUAGGUAUGGUGCUCAGUUCGGACUCCGGAAAGCUCGCAUGAGGGCGUCAUCACAGAUCCACACAGUCCAUCAAGAUUUCGAGUUAUUGGCACCAUCUCCAAUUCCCAUGAGUUCUCUGAGCACUUUGGCUGCAAGGCAAAUGCCCCCAUGAACCCUAAACACAAGUGUGAGCUUUGGUGAUGCCUAGCUACCCAUUUGUCGGUAUGGCAGGUGUCAAAAUGGGCACUGGGGACAUGGAGCAAAAUAGAGGCAGAGGAAGGAGAGCAUUGGUCUUGAUACCAAAAAUCCAUCCGUUUUACCCAGUCUACCCUUCUUAGGGUCCUUAUGAGGACUGAAGCUGGAGGUUGAGCCAGUACCAACUCUCUUCAUAAAGACAAUUUGUUUUAGAAAGCUGUGUCUUUUUCCCCAGUUAAACUCUAUGAAAAUGUGCCUUUAUGUUUAUAUAAAGGAGGAACAAUUUUAACACUGGAAACCGAAGAAAUUGUUAUAAAAAGGGGAAAACUAAUGGGAACUUCUCUCAAUCAGGUUUUAUGUAGAGUUGUCAUAUGCCUUAUUUUUCAACAGGAAGUGAUAUUUAUUUUCUGUAUUUUUCACUGUUACAAUUUGUAUCUGAUCAAUCCACCUCUAUAUGUUGUGUCUUCACUUAUUGUAGAUUUUUAGACUGCAAAAAUAAAAUGACGAGUUGCAAUGGCUGGAUUUUUGACUGAAAUAAUAUCCGGAGGAAACCGUCAAUCACAUCUAGAAUACAAGUCAAGUUCCUGUCAUAACAAGUAGAUUGUAAAAGUCAUAUUUUAUUAUUGCCCAUGAUUGAUCCGAUUCAAUAAGUUAUGUGUAUCUCGUUUCUGCAUCAACAAACCUAACACAACAUCAUAAUUUGUGUAAAGUCUGAUUGCUUAAUGUCUCCAGUUUAUACAGUAGCGACGUUGUAAAUAAGUGAUCCUCCGAAUUGCUGAAUGCCUGAUAUGAUAAGGACAUAUUAUCUGAAUAGUUUUCAAUCAGAGAAUUCUGAAACUUGUGAAGGAUGUAUUGACCAUUGAACAAGUCACAUAACAAAGAGUUUUCCCAUUCUGUAUCUGGUCAUGCAUGACAGGACUUUUCUGUGUCAUAAAACACCUUUUAUAAUCUAAUAAAAAUGUUGUCACU